GUGCAGACUGAACACACACCUCGGUCAGAAAGGAAAAGAAGAGACUCCUUCGGGAUGUUUGAUGGCUACGACAGUUGCAGCGAGGACUCUAGCAGCAGUUCCAGCUCGGACGAGAGUGAAGAAGAAGUCACGUCUCUGCCAGCAAGCUUGCCUAUCAUCAAGAAUAAUGGACAAGUUUACACGUACCCUGAUGGCAAGGCAGGGAUGGCUACCUGUGAAAUGUGUGGGAUGGUUGGUGUAAGAGAUGCGUUUUACUCGAAAACAAAGCGUUUCUGCAGUGUUUCGUGUUCAAGAAGUUAUUCAUCUAAUUCGAAGAAAGCCAGCAUUCUGGCCAGACUCCAGGGCAAACCUCCAACAAAAAAAGCAAAAGUUUUACAGAAGCAACCUCUCGUAGCAAAACUGGCAGCAUAUGCUCAGUAUCAAGCGAGUCAGCAGAAUCAAGCAAAGGCAAAAACAGUUGUACCUGUUGAAGGCUUUGACUGGGGGCGUUAUAUUAAUAGCAAUAACUUUGUUGGAGCACCAGUUACCUGCUUUAAACAUGUACCUAUAUCAAAAUGCUGGGGAGACAUCGCAGAGGGUGUAAGAGUAGAAGUCCUAAAUACAGACAAUAAUCUGCCCACCAAGGUGUACUGGAUAGCUGGGAUUGUCAAAUUGUCAGGUUUUAAGGCAUUACUUCGAUAUGAAGGCUUUGACAAUGACGGCAGCCAUGACUUCUGGUGCAACCUCUGUGACUCUGACGUUCAUCCGGUUGGAUGGUGCGCAACCAGCGGGAAGCCACUUGUUCCUCCAAGAUCUAUUCAACAUAAGUACUCAAACUGGAAAGCAUUUCUUGUGAAGAGAUUAACUGGUGCCAAAACUCUUCCCCCAGAUUUUGCUUCAAAGGUACAAGAAUGCAUGCAGUACCCUUUUAAACCAUUGAUGAGAGUGGAAGUGGUCGAUAAAAUGCACCUCUGUCGAACGCGGGUCGCCAUUGUGGACAGCGUGAUUGGAGGUCGUCUCCGCCUGAUCUAUGAAGAGAGCGAAGACGGCUCUGAUGACUUCUGGUGUCACAUGUACAGUCCGCUCAUCCACCCAGUCGGGUGGUCACGAAGCAUCGGGCACAGAUUUAAACGUUCGGAUGUUUCGAAGAAGCAGGAAGGAGUGUAUGAUGCACCUGCUGAUUUAUUUUUGAAGGUGAAAGACGUUGACCAAACUGGGGAAUGGUUCAAAGAUGGAAUGAAGCUCGAAGCAAUCGAUCCUCUGAAUCUCUCCACGAUAUGUGUAGCUACUGUAAGAAAGGUACUCGCAGAUGGAUACUUAAUGAUCGGCAUUGAUGGCUCUGAAGCAGCCGAUGGUUCUGACUGGUUUUGCUAUCAUGCCACCUCCCCGUCAAUAUUCCCCGUUGGCUUCUGUGAAAUCAACAUGAUAGAGCUGACCCCACCCCGAGGCUACACAAAGCUCCCAUUUAAAUGGUUUGACUACCUCAGGGAAACUGGAUCAACAGCAGCACCCGUCAAACUGUUCAAUAAGGAGGUCCCAAACCACGGCUUUCAAAGUGGUAUGAAGCUGGAGGCUGUGGAUCUCAUGGAGCCUCGACUGGUGUGUGUCGCCACAGUCACGCGGAUUGUCCACCGUCUGCUGAGAAUUCACUUUGACGGCUGGGAGGAUGAGUAUGAUCAGUGGGUGGAUUGCGAGUCUCCUGAUCUUUACCCUGCAGGCUGGUGUGAGUUGACUAGCUAUCAGCUACAGCCUCCAGCAGCACAGACUCCAAGAGACAAUCAAAUGAGUGUAACAAAGCCGAAGAAAAAGUCACAGCAGUACAAAGGACACAAGAAAACAACUACACAGCAGCUAAAGGAAGAGCUACUGGAAGGCGACGACUUUACCUUCUUGCAAGGCGUCUCUGAUCAGGAGAGCAAUGGUUCAGGCAGCUACUACAUUAAACAAGAACCAUAAGACAGCUAAAGGACUUUUGACAAAGCAAAAGCCUUAAUUUCACCUGUGGUGGUGAGCACUUUGUUUGUUUGUUUGUUUGUUUUGUUCUUCAUUUUUGAACUGUCUUCAGUUAGACACACCUGUUGAUUGCAAAAAGAGAUUUGAAUUAUUGUGAGAAACAAACGAAACGUUCUGCUUGAUCUGAAAUUGAAUAUUUUGCAGGAAAUGUUUUGUCGACAAUUUGCCAGAUGGACUUGUUCAUUGUACUUGAAAAAUGUCAGUCUAAGUCGUUAAGAGAGCCGUCUCCAUUGACCAUCAGCGUACAUGAACCGAUGACGGAGGUGACCUCGUAGGUGGAACUGUUUGCAAAUGACACUAUGCUGCACACUGGCUUUGGAUCAAUGGCACAAACACACACACACACACACACACACACUCACUCGCACACUCACUCUCGGUGUCUCUCCUGAUGCUCACGUAUGCCGGCGAACUCUCCACCUCUUCAGAGACUCGCCUUUCUUUACCAGAUGUAGAUCUGCUAGGUCUUUUUGUGAAGAAGGACAAUUUAAUGUGAAUUUUUUUACAUAAAUUAUAAAUGAACAUUGUAGCUAAGAUAAGAAAUUAUAAAUGCAAAGUGUAGAUAACCGAUCUUUACUGAAAUAUAUUACACUUAUCCAAAAAAGAAUUAUUUGUAUGGUUUCGCGCAAUACUGAAUCCACAAAGAUUUAUCGUAUUCAAAGUCUUUAUACCACAUUUCUCGAUGUUUUUUCUUGUUUUUUGUUUUUUUCUUUUCAGUAAAUCUUAACCUAUGAAAUUCUCAGGAAGUCAUUUUUAUUUUUGUUGAAGAUAUACAGAUACAGAUAUAGAAUUUGAGCCUGCAUCCUACUGCUUUGCGAGGUGUGCCAGUAUUCACGGUUAUGCAUAGCACAUCCGAAGUCAAGAAAAUAUCAAAAGUUAUUUAAGAGUGUUGACUACAAAAGUAUUAUAAAGAGAAGCGUUUUAUAUUUUCAGAAUAAGUGUGAUUUAUUACAGUGCAGGAGGAGGUGCCGGCGUGAAGGACUGUUAGAACAAAGCGACAGAGUACGGUGACGCGACACGGGAAUCGAUUUAAAACCAGCAAUUCUGUUUUGGGGCAUCCGAGCCUUUGGGGGGUCUCUGUGGGGUCGUAGCUCGUUUGUUUGCUUGUUUGUUUGUUUGUUAUUUUGCGUUUUAAAGGACAGAAGAUGGAGGCCUGGCAGUCGAGGCUCCUUCUGCGUGUCCGGCACCACACUAUUGGGGAGAGGAGGCUCGCAAACCCGCGGCGUACGGAACAGGAAGAGUUUUUCUAUUUCAACGUGUAUGCUUUUGCAUUUUUCUUUUAUUUUUAGAAGGAAGAGCAAUAAAUACAUAUAAAUAUAUACAUAUAUAGAUAUAUAUAGAUAUACUUUUUUAAAGAGAAGAGCUGUUGAGUGGACAGACCAGUUUUUGCUCCGAUGAUCUUACACAUUCAGCCGUUGUCUUGCUGUUUCGAUGUUCCUUUAAUGUUGAAUACGACUUUUUCUAUUUGAUGUUUCCUUAACUGAAAGCGAUGGUGUCAUUUUCUUUUCUUUUCUUUUCAUUUUUUUUGGUGUUUGUUUGGCUUUUGUUGUGUUUUUUUUUUUUUGUUCUCUUGCCCAUUUCUACCUGACGGUGGACGGCUGAAGGGCGCAGCUUCUGUUUUCCUGUCCGUGUCCGUUUUUCUGCUUUCCUUUCUCGUUCCUCUCCCUCCCCGCGCGACACUUCUUUGACAUUUGUUUGGUUUGAGAAGAAGAUCCAAUUAAACGUUAACACUAUUUUGCUGAACCAAAUGUUGUAAAUAAAGAAAAAGGAAAACAGAAGAGAAGAGAGACCAAGCAGCUUGAACGAGCCCACUGUCCAGGAGGCCGAUUUCGCUUGUUUUUUGGAUACUAACACGGGUUCUUGCUUAUUUUUCUUAUGUGGAAUCCCCUCUGCCCUCAGUCUUUGUAUUAUGGUGCUAUAUAUUUGAUAUACUGAUGAUCCUUUAUAACUGGGGAAUUACUUUGAGAAACUGUGAUAUGGGGAAAUGGACGUUUUCUUCCAUACUCUUGUAUUUUGAAUACAAACCUUCUAGCGGUCCUUUGUUUAAAAAAGAAAAAGAAAAAAAAAAAAACAAAAACACACACAUACAGAAGUUAAAAAUGUAAAAAAAAUUUGGGGUGGGGGGUGCGUGCCGAGGCGCUUGUACUUUUUUUUGUCACCAUGGUACUGUGUACAGGGGGAAGUACGAUGUAUAGGGUUUCUACAUUCUUUUCUGUAACCAUUUUGAUAUUCGCACAGA